AGCCAAACAUCAUGACUUUUCCAGAAACCUUAACACUCUCUUCUCAUCAUCAUCAUCACUCUCAUUGUUUCAGACCCUCUGUUCUUCCACCUAUUUCUUGAUUCUUUUUUGUUCUUUGGGGUUCCUUGUGUCUCAAUUCUCUGUGAUGGAGGCUCUGGUCCAAGAAUUGAUUACCACGUCGAAUGAUUUCGUCUACAACCACCACUCAAAACCAGUGAAUCCGACGCUGAGUGGGCAGAGAUUCAACCUUGUUGAGAGAUCUGCAGGCGAGGGGGAGGAAGGGGACUACUCUGAUGCGAUUCUCAAGUACAUUAGCCAGAUGUUAAUGGAGGAGGAGGACCUGGAGAAUCAGCCGUGCAUGUUUCGCGACUGCAUGGCUCUCCACGCCACCGAGAAAUACUUCUCCGACGUGCUUAAUGGCUCCGGGGACAACUCCCCGUUAUCCAUCCCCCAAUAUGAUGCGAGUUUCGCGGGGAGCAGUCCCAGCAACUGUUCAUCUGAUCUCAACAAUGGGGAUUCAGAUUUAAGCCCUCAGUUUCAGAGCUCCUUCAAUGGCUCUUUGUUCAGUCAAUAUGCAAGCAGAGGAGCAGCAAUAGGCCUUCCAAAUGACAGUAAUAUUCUCAAUAAUCUCGACAUGGAAGUUAAGGAGAGCGAGGGGGAGAAUUCGCCGUCGAAGGGGAAAAGAAACCAUUACUACUACUCCUCCGACGAUGGUUCUGCAGAAACACAGAGAAGCAACAAACACCUGGCGAGUUAUGCCCCCGCGGAUGAACCGGAGCCAUUAGAGAUGUACGAUGAUGUCUUGCUGUGUUCCAAUAAGAAAAACAGCAAGACUGAAUUACAGCAGAAGGGGCAAUCCAAGGGAGGGAGAAAUCGCCGUGGCAAGAAGAAAGAAACGCAGAAGGAGUUCGUGGACCUCAGAGGCUUACUGACUCAAUGUGCGCAGGCCAUGGCGAGCUAUGAUACCAGGACGGUGACACAGCUUCUGAAGAAGAUAAGAGACCACUCUUCUCCUCAAGGAAAUGGGCAUGAAAGAAUGGCGUUUUAUCUCGCCAAUGCGCUCGAAGCGCGCUUGAAUGGAACAGGGACGGCAUUGUAUAUAUCUAACUCUCCCAGCAAUAUCUCAGCUGCAGAUAUCUUGAAAGCUUAUCAGAUGUAUAUCACGGCCAGCCCUUUCAAGAAAGUGUCCAACAUGUUUGCCAACAAAUAUAUCAGGAAGGUUGCAGCCGGAGCGCCGAGGCUACACAUAAUUGAUUUUGGAAUUCUGUAUGGAUUUCAAUGGCCCUGCCUUAUUCAAGGUCUCUCGACGAGGCCGGGCGGGCCGCCGAGGCUUCGGAUUACCGGAAUAGAUUUUCCCCAGCCGGGGUUCCGUCCGGCGGAGAGAGUGAAGGCCACCGGCCGUCGCCUAGACAAUUACUGUAAGAGAUUCAAUGUCCCGUUUGAGUUCAAAGCCAUUGCACAGAAAUGGGACACGAUAAAACUGGAAGACUUAGAAAUUGACAGGGAUGACGUGUUGGUGGUGAAUUGCUUGGACCGGCUGGGAAACGUGCCGGACGAGACGGUAGUGCCGGAUAGUCCGAGAGACAUUGUACUGGAUUUGAUUAAGAAGAUCAAUCCCGAUGUGUUCAUCCAUGGAGUUGUGAAUGGCACAUACAACACACCGUUCUUCGUCACGCGAUUCCGGGAGGCACUCUUCCACUUCUCCUCCCUGUUCGACAUCUUCGAGGCGACAGUGCCACGCGAGGACAAGGACCGACAGCUGUUCGAGGAAAUGGUGUUCGGAAGAGAUGCAAUGAACGUCAUAGCCUGUGAAGGAUCGGAGAGAGUGGAGCGGCCAGAAACGUACAAGCAAUGGCAAGUUAGAAGCCUGAGAGCCAGAUUCCGACAGCUGCCGCUUGAUCAAGAGAUUACCAAGUGCGUAAAGGACAAAGUGAAAUCGGAAUACCACAAGGAUUUCUCCAUUGAUGAAGAUGGGAACUGGCUGUUGCAAGGAUGGAAAGGGAGGGUUCUUCAUGCAGUCUCAUGUUGGAAACCUAUUAACUAGUACGAUUCCCGAAAUCAAUAUCACCACUAUUGUGAGAUUAAGAUUCGGAUUGGAAUCAGCUCACAAUUGAUCCUCCAAUCUUACAGUUGCAUUAGUAGCCUGUAAUGCGUUGUAUUCUUUUAUUCCUCAUUUUUGGUUGCUCUAGUUACUAGGAGCAGUCUAAGAAUUCCAUUUUAUGUUUUAUAAUCCUAUGUAGUAGUUCACAUUAUUCUUAUGUUCAAUGGAAUAGAAUCAACUUUAGUACAA